GGAAGCACUUUGAGGGGGGGCACACGCUGAUGUAUUUUUAUGAGAAAAACCUGUAUGUUUUAUAAUGAAUUUUGGGGGGGGGCGGGGUGUUGCAACUCGAUGCCCCUGUUCUGGGAGGAGGGUUUUGGGUGUGGGGGGGGUGGAGCUUUUGGGGUCCCUCCCCUUCAUAAGGUGUUAUAGGGGCAGAGCUGGCCCCCCCCCCCACACACCCCAUAGAGCAAUGGUGGCGGUGAUGCUUCUGCUGCUGCUCCUCCUCGCCCUGAUCUGGGGGGGGUCAGCCAGGCGGGGAGGGGCACCGUGGUGGGGGGUCUUCCACCUUCUGCACCCAGAGGGGCCACAGCACCUCCACAUCCUCACCCGAACCUAUGGGGACCCCUUAUGCCUGCGCCUGGGGGGGCGAGAGGUGGUGGUGCUGAGCUCUGCAGCCGCCAUCCGUGAGGCUCUGGCACGACGCUGGGGGGACUUCGUGGGACGCCCUCAUAGUUACCUGGCGUCCCUGGUGUCCCGUGGGGGGCAGGACCUGGCACUGGGGGAUGCAUCCCCAGAGUGGAGACGGCAGCGGGGGGCAACGCGGGGAGCGCUGGCACGAGCUGUGAGACACCUGGAGCCCAUCCUGGAGCUGCAGGGCUGGGCGCUGUGCAGGGAGCUGAGCUCUUAUGGGGCUGCCCCAGUGGAUCUUUUUGAGGCGUUUGCGUUCCAUACCUGCAGCACCAUCUGCCGUCUCGCCUUCGGGGACCUGAUGCCCCCCGAGGCGGAGGUGCGCUCCUUUACACGUUGUGUGGUGGAACUGCUGGAGGUUUGGGGCCGGGCCAGUGUGCGGGCACUGGAUGUGCUGCCUCCACUAAGGGUGCUGCCCAACCCGGGGCUGCGGGAGCUGCUGCGCCUGGUGAAGAGCCGUGACGCCUUCGUGGAGACCCAGAUCCGAUGGCACCAGGGCUGCGCUUCCCCCCCUGCGGACACAGUGCUGGGGGCACUGCUGGGGGGGGACCCCACUGUCCCUAUGGGGCCACUGGGGGGGGACCGCCUGCACAUGGCCCUCGUGGACCUCUUCAUUGGUGGCACUGAGACGACGGCGGCGGCUCUGCUGUGGGCUGUGGCCUUUCUGCUGCACCAUCCCCAGGUGCAGGACCGGGUGCGUGCAGAGCUACGCCAGGUGCUGGGCCCCACAGGGACCCCAAAGCCAGGGGAUAUGGGGCGACUGCCUCUGCUCCGUGCCACCAUCACUGAGACCCUCCGCCUGCGUCCCACUGCGCCCCUCGCGCUGCCCCACUGUGCCCGGCGCCACUCCAGCAUUGCAGGAAUGCUGGUGCCUGCGGGAUCCAUCAUUAUCCCAAACCUCUUCGCUGCACACCACGACCCCAAGGUCUGGGACCGUCCCGAUGAGUUCCUGCCCGAGCGGUUCCUGCAGCCGGGGGCCCCAUGGCGAGCGCUGCUGCCCUUUGGCUGUGGGGCACGCUCAUGUGUGGGGGAGGCGUUGGCUCGGGCAGAGCUCUUUGUGUUUUUGGGGCACAUCCUACAGCGAUUCCGCCUGGAACCACCAUCUGAUGGGGCUCUGCCCCACUUGGGGGUCACCGCUGGCACCGUGCUGCGCUGUGCCCCAUUCCGCGUGCGUCUCGUGCCCUGCCCACCCCACAGCUCCUGAGCACAGUGUGUGGGAUGCAUGGGUCAGUGCUGGUUACUCGCAGCUUUAUUGACCCCAUAAAAGGCUCCACUGCACCCCA